CGGCGCGGAGGGAGGCCGCGCGCCGGCGGAGGGAGGCUUUGCCGGCGGGUGCGGUCACGUCGGUGGCAGAGAGACCUCGCGGCGGCCCGGGGGUGCCGGCCGGGCCGGGCAUGGCGACGCUGAGCAGGACGCUGGGCGCGCUGUGGCAGCACGCCGUCGCCCGCCGCCUCCACACCUCCUGCGCCCGCGGCGGCUCCAACAGGACCGCUGUCGCCCGCCUCCGCAGGCAGGUGUACGGCCGCCUCUACCCCACGCUCCUGGUGAAGACCGACGGCUCCGCCGUCCGCAUCCGCUACAAGGAGCCCAAGAGGAUCCUCAUGCUGCCCGUGGACAGCAACACGCUGCCCGAGGCCGAGAGGAAAGCCAGGCUGCGGAGGCAGUUCCCCGGCAGGUUCCAGGUCCAGAAGGAGGAAACGUUCGAGGAGAUCAACUUGGACGAGUACCAGAGGUUUUGGAAGAAGUGAGGCGCCUCGCUCGCGGCGCUCCUCGCCUGGACUUCCGCGGCGGCCGCGGACGGAGACUGUAGAGGUGGAUCCGGAGGAGAAAAAAUUUGGAAAAUAAGCCGUAUUUUUUUUUUUUUGGA